AUGAUGCAGGGCGGCACAUGCGAAGAUGGCGGCCACCACGUGAGAAGCGACAACAAUGUUAUAAGGGACAACUGUGUAAUAGGCCAGAACUAUGUUGUACGCGAAAACUACUUGAGAAACGUGUUCCAGUGCACAGACAAGAAAGUAAAAAUCUUCAAAACAUACCUGAAAAAAAAACUAAAGGUGGAGUCCUACACCCUGGGGGAAUACUCUCUCAAACACGACGAAAAAUUCAGGAGGAUAUUCUUCGCAAAUAUUUUAAAAGAACAUGUCAUUGCUAAAAGAAAUAAGGACAAACUGUUCAUCUUAAACGAAGUAAUCAUGGACAGGAAAUUUUUCGAAGAAGAUUUCUUCUAUCAAUAUUUUUUACAAAAUGUUUUGUUGCUAGAAGACUUAACGUUAAAAAGACUGGAGGGAAACCACCAUGGGGAUUUCCUUUUCAAAGAAAAAAAAAAAAAUGGCAUACUCAAUUGGAAACAAGGUUAUAGUCAUAUAAAAAAAAAAUUAAAUGAAAAGGGAAAUGAUCAAAAGAGUAAAAUUUAUAAAAAUUCUGUACUUUUGUUUAAUUCCACGAAAUUUUCCUACGAAGAUAAAAAUUGUUGUGAUUACUUUUACAGUCUAAAAGUUUGGGACAUUUUCUUUAAUUAUGUUUCUUUCGAUUUUUUAAAUUAUCUUCUCUCCAACACACUUAUCUUCAUAUCUGACUUUUUUUUUAUAAACCUCACUCACAAGUUGCCGCUGCAGAAUUCCUUCCUUGUUCUAGUUAGCCACGUCGACCUCAAGUAUGAUCAGAACAAACAAUUGCAAGACACGAUAUUUUCUAGAAAGAGGAAACUUCCAUAUAACACCAAACAGGUGAAAAUCCUUUACCAGAGGGACCACCCUAGACGCACCCUUAAGAAAGUGCUUCUCAGGAAGGAGACACAUGAAGUGGUGGGCCUCCAGCCAGAUGGGAACCCACCCCAAGAGGGGCCUUCCCCAUUGCAUAUAAAUGGAACUUCAGAAAAAAGGCAUUCACACAGAGGAGAUGAGUCAGUGGAAGGGGAGGCCAAAGAGGAAUUCCAAUCUGUUAGUAAAUCCAAUUGUGCAAGAAGUGGAAGUAAAAGGAAGAUCGACCAGGGGGGUAUCGAUGACAAAGUUAUUGCAGGUAGGAAGUGCAAGAAGAAGAAAAUGGUUCCAGAAGAUACUUCAAAGGAGGAAAAACAAAUAGACAUAGAUGGCUUAAAAUAUGGAAUAGAAAAUAGGGAGGCACAAAGAAAGAUAGAUACCCAUCCAGACGACACACAAAUAGAUGGUCAACAGUAUAAGUACUUAUUCAAAAAGAAAAAGGAGGCAGUAAGGAGGAACGAGGUUAACUCAUACGCUAAUCACCUUUACCUAGUCCAGUGCAGUGGGAGAAUCAUCAAAAAUGAGUUUCUCAAUGAGAUGAAGCAAAUACAGAAGGAAACCGAGCAGGCGGAAGAGGCCCCAGGAGAUGAUAUCGAAGUUUCGGAAAAAGGGAUAGAAAAUCUAAAUGAAGAGGAGCAAUCGGCGCAGAGAAAGGUACUUCCGCAGAUAAGCUUCUUUUCUAAUAAUAAAGCGGAAGGGGGACCUCCCACGAACUGGAAGUGCAAAACCCCACAGGAGGAGAAGAAAAAGUGGAGCAAAAUAAUCAUCAAUCGAAAUAAUAUCCUUCAACAUAAUACGACAAAUAAGUAUAAAAAUUUCCUCCUAAAUAAAAGCAUCCUUUUCGACAAAAUUGACAAUGUUCCCUUGUUCACAUACCAUUUGCUAAAUUAUAUUUUCAAGUCAGAUCAAAAAUACUUUUUCCAUAACAACUUCAUAGAUGAAUAUAAGAAUAAAAUUUCCAAACAGAUAAAAUGCAACACGAAAAAAAACGACAUAUCUUCCCUUUUGCUAAGGAAGGAAAGCACUACAUCAUCAAACGUGUUACUGUGCAGUAGGAGUGAAGACAAAAGAAACAACGUAUCCGCUCGCUUGAAAAAAACCAAGAUACUCAAAUAUGUUUAUUGUCAUUUUGAAGAAUUCAUAAAAAAUACGAGGAAUGCAAAUUUUGAUAAAAUGUAUAGACAAUAUUUUCCAAAAAAUAAAAUGAAAAAUAGAAUUCGAAAAAUAUUUAAAACAAUUAAAUCACACAUUAUUCACAAGUAUAAAAUUGUAAACAUACGCAGAAACAGAAAAUUUAUUAAACAAAAAAUGUAUGAUGUUUUUUUUAAAAAUUAUGAUUUCCUUUCAUUUUCUUUUAAAACUUAUCAAGUAAUAAAUUUCCUUGUGCAUAUCACGAAGAAAUGUGUACCUGUGAAACUUUUGGGCAAUCGCCACAAUUUUAAGGUCUUUAUAAAAAAUGUGAAAAAUUUUGUCCUACUUAAUUAUAAAGAGAAUUUUACCAUGGACCAAAUGAUGAAACACGUUAGGGUUAAAAAUGUCUUCCAAAAGGGGGAGAUUUCCCACAGGUACGAGCAUAGACAGGGGAGAAGCGCCGAAGUAGCUGCUCCAGAAGGUAACGCAACCCAAACGAUGACCCACGCACUUCCCAAUCUUUGUUCUACCGACACUAUUUAUCAAAAAGACAAGACUUGGAAGUCAAAGAGGAGUACCAAACAAAUACGGUUCUUCGAUCCGGAGAAGAACAAAUCCCUAUUUGAAACCCUUAGGAGAAAAUAUUUGAAAAAAAAAAAAAAAAUUCACAUAGCACUUUUGAAAAGGCAUUUACUAAACAGACUCAUUUAUUUCCUCUUCAACUAUUUUAUCAUGCCCGUAAUUAGGAAAUACUUUUUCCUUACCAAGUCAGAGCACACUAUUUACAAAACGAUUUUUUUUGAUAGAAUAUCGUGGAACUAUUUCACUAAGGUUUCUAACUUUUGUCUGUAUCACCAGAACUUCCGCGGUAAGAAGUUGAAGCGGAGAUCCGAGUCGGGAGGGAAAGACCAGACACGCAAUGGAAAGCUCAAAAGGAGGAAACUACAAAAGGAUCAUAUCAUUUCCAAGGGGGGAAAACUAGAAACUACUAGAGCAGAAAAAGUGAUAAACGAACAGGAAGGUAUAAAUGCCUCUCCACGCGUGAUACAAAUUAGGGGGAGACAAAUCGAAAAGGAGAAGAAGUUUCGCUCGCCUGCAUUACCAAACAGGAAGGAGAAGAAAAGAAAAAAGAGUCAAAAUGCCCUAAUACGAAGCACAAAAAAAAAGGAAACCUCCAAAUGUGGAAAGAACGAAAGAAGGGGUAACUCCUCCUCAGGCGAACCAAACAAACGUAUCGAAGAUCUAUACGAAAUGACAAUUUUGAGUAAAAAAACGGUUAGACCCUAUUUAAGGAAAUUCUACUACAAAGUAAAGAAGAAGUAUUUCUCCCUCAGGAAAAAGUACCUUCUGCAUGGAAGGAAGAGGAUCCCUCUAGGGGAUAAGCAAUUUGCACACUAUCUACAUUUUGUGGAGCAAAGGGGACAUUUGUUCAGGUUUAUUUGCAGACGAUUUUUUAAGAAAACGAGAAGGAAUUAUGUUAAGCGAUUUUACAGAUUGGUGAAGCGGAUUAAGAGAAGGAUGAUGGGCAUAAAACAUGACCCCGAUGGAGGGGUAAAACGAAGGAUAGACAACAAGGUAAUCGUUCUUUGUGGAAAGAAUGAUCAGAUCAAACGCACCAAAAAGAGGGCGCUUGCAAUUACAACGUUAUCCAUGGGUGCUACCAUGCGGGAAAACCUCCCCGAGAGGAAAAAGAAGAACAUUCACAUACAUAAAUUAAAAAGCAUGAUAGAGAAGCGCAAUUUUCUACUGAAACUGAAUUCAAUAAAUCGUUUUUUUUCGAAAAAGCUAAGAAUAAAUUGGGUACCCAAGAAAAAAGGACUAAGACCGCUAAUAAAUCUGUCUACACUGAACAUUCCAGAAAGUGUAAAAAAUCGAAUCAGGGAAAUUUUAAAAAAUAAAAAAAGCAGCGAGUUUUACUUCCACAAUAUUUUGAAUAAUAUGGAAAGAGAUAGCAAAGAGAAAAAAUCCGGAAAAAAAAAAUACAACAGAAAGAACUUUAACCCCGUGUCGUUAAAUCAUAUAUGUAAUUUUUCCUUAAAAUGUUUGGGAAACGUGAGAAAUAAUAACAGAGCUUUAUUUCAAAACACGCUAACCAAGACAAACGAUACGGAGUUGAAGCUGAAAAAGUGGCUAGAUUAUUUGAAGAACUGGUUUUAUCGAAAAAAGAAAAAUAAAAAAUAUAUAAAAAAUAAAUUAAAAAAAGGAAAGGUGAUCUAUGCAUAUAUCUGCAUCGGAGACUUCUCCAAUUGUUACGAACACAUAAAACAUAAUUAUCUGUUCAAAAUUCUGAAGCAUUUUUUUCAUGGAAUUUCAAACUUUGAAUUUAUAUAUGUCUUUAAAAGAUCCUUCCGUCUCUAUAGCCAUUAUAUGAACAACUCUCUGUUAACUUAUUAUCCUGUUAAUGUCCAAGAGUUUGGCAUACACUGUAUUAAAAAUUUGAGGGAGCUAAUUGUAAAGUCAAACUUGAAUAAAUCCCACAGUUUCCUUUUGAGGCAAUUCUUUAAGAAUACAUCCUGCACUGAUUUGUAUAUUUUUUCAGAUUCUUACAAAAGCGUGCAGGUAGAAACGAGAGACAUCUUCAUGACCAUCAUUACCAUCAUAAGAUACUACUACUUAAACAUUUAUUUUAGCAUCAAGGAGAUAAAAAUGCAGUGGAAAAAUAUUUUUUACUUUCAGCUUUUUCAGCAUGAAAAAAGGGAAGGCAUCUAUCGCAGCUUCCGUAGUAGAAGGAAGUUGGAUCACUUGCGCCGGUUGCAGGAGGGGGAGGAAGUAGAGAACACACUGGAAGGGGGGCGUUGCCUACCCGAUGAUGAGUCCGGAAAUAGGAUGAACUCAAUCCAAGUGAAGCACCUUCCGUUAAGCGCCGCCAUCACCACUAGUACAUCUGAGCGUGGCGAUGGUGAAGGAGGUGAAGAUGAGAAGAGCAGUUCUACUAAGUUACCGAGGCAGAACAAAGACCAACUGAUGGUUCGCAAGCCCGGCGAGAAUGACAAAGAAAUGAUUCUGUUAACAAAAGGGGAAGGGGCCAACAUAAUUUGCUCAGAUAAAGUUCAUCCAAAUUGUUCCAAUAGGAGUGUCACCAACUUCCCCGAUAGGAACCCCCGAGCAGAGACAGAAGCAGAAAAGGGCGUCCGCACGUACGCAGAAAAAAACUUCUUGACAUUUCAAGACAAGAAAAUCAUCAGCGACAUUUGCGGAUUGCCGCAGGGAUUCUGCUUGUCCAACAUUCUCUGUUCCAUGUACUACGCCUACCUAGACCGAAAUGAAGAAUUUCAAAAUAUUCUCUAUUCGGAAAAGUACCAAGACAGAACCUCCACCUCUCAUCUCCAAAAAAAAAAUGUAAACGAGGUGAAUUACCAAAGUUUGAAUUCUCUGCUAAUCAGAUUUAUUGAUGACUUUCUCUUUAUAACAGUUAACAAGAAAAAUAUGAAGCAAUUUAAGAGACUCCUCCUUACAAGAAAAAUUUGGGGGGAAAAUAUAAAUUCGUCCAAAACAAAAAUUUUCAAGCUCCCCCUUAUUUUUAAGAGUAAUUUGUUCUUAGACAAUUUCUGGGGAGAAAAAGUGGUCUCCGGGGGGAAGAGGUGCCAUACGGAGGGGCAGAGGCACCCAACCGUGCUGAACCAACCAUGCACAUCGGAGCAUCCGCCUAGCCUGACCAAUGAAUACACCUCGCCAGAUCCAUACCUGAUGACCCCAGAGGAAGAAUGCAGAACCCCUUCUGGGAGCACUGUGAGUAGCGCAAUGAGCGAACCGAAACGGAGGAGAAAGAUAAUCCCUGAACGUAACGAGACAGUUCAAAAAAUUCCCACCAAUGAUAACUUGGCACGUUCCGCAAAAUGUAACAUGUCCAGGGGGGAAGAGAAAAGGAGGAUUACCUCAGUAAAGGGAACCGUCAAAAUUGUGAAGAAAAAAGGAGGAAAAUUGAGCGAAGGGCAAACUAGGAAAAUAAUAAAAGAACUGCUCGAAAAGAGGAAAAGGUUUAGAGGAAAAUCAUCUUCUACAGGGAGGCAAAAAAUUAAAAAGUACCUAAAACGGUUGUCACGUUUAUUGCGUUUGAAAAGGCAAAUGCGAAGAAGCGAAAAAUCUUCCUGUGUAAACCGCUAUUAUGGUAUACACCCUCGCACAGUGAUGUCCAUUGAAUGGCUAAACAAUACAUACACAUUUGACUUUGCCAACAACUGCGUGCACAGCAUAUCGUCUCAGUGGAAAAACAAACAAGACGCAACCAUUAGGAACCACCUACACCUAACCAAUGGCAUUGGAGAAAAAAGCUCCCCCAUAAAUUACAUGAAAUUCUUGGUGGAAGGUAGAAUCAUGAGAAAUGUCAUAUCGAAGAUGAAAAAAAAUAAAAUGAUUUACAAGAAUAAACAAAAUAUCUACUUUGCAUAUAAGAACAAUUUUAUUCUUUUAAAAAGCUCCAUUUUAAAAUUUAUUUGUUCUAUUAAAUCUUUGAAGAAAAUGUUUAAUGCCUUUUAUAAUGAUGGUUAUAAUACGAAAUUUAUUUUUCAUUUAAUUUCAUAUUUGAGAAAGUCACUUAUAAAAAAUCGGAAGAUUAAAUUUGUCAAAUUAUUUUUGGUGGACACUGCUAUGGAGGCCUUGCGGUAUGCUCGGGUGUUCAAUUCCAGCAGCCCCCUUUUCCCUUGCCUUCGCCGUCUGCGAACCGUCAGGAGGAGGCUCAUUAAUCGGUACAAGCGGAGGAACAUGCGCACGAACAGGCGGGACCAUUUGGUCCAGUACUAUGGUCUGUUUGGUCUCCUCCGAGAGGAAUUACGCAACACAUGGCCUUACAUGUUUAAAAUAAGAGAAGACUCUUCACUCCAUAACCCACUACGGUGA